AAUUUUAUGGCUUAAGUCGGUCAGUCUAAUCAGCUCUGUGAACUGCUCUCAUGGAAUAAGAACCAAUUUUAUGAUUAUCAUGAAGUCUUGCUAUUGGCCCAAACCCGUCACACGUGCCCUGAAACUCCCUUUUUUUUUUUUUUGGGUCUGCAGAUUUCUCACUUCUGAGUCGAGCUUUUUAGUCCUCAUCUUCCACAACCAAAAACAGAACUUGCAGAGACAAUGCAAAUUGAUUGAUAAAAAUACCCAACUACCCAAUUCUGUUGAGCCUGUAACCGUUAAAACGGUGUCGCAUUCUUGCUAAACAAUGAGCCCCAUUUCGUCUCCAUUUCAACCUCUCUCCCUCUCUGUUUUCACUUCACUGUAUAAAUAUAUUGAGAGUGCUAUUCAGUCUUGGUGGUCAACCGUUUUCUCUCUCCAAAUCUUUGGGUUCCGUGGUUUAAUAUUUGGUUUCUGGCUUUGUUUACUCUGUUCCUACCUACUAGAUUUUCUGCGUGGAUGUAAUAACAGAGAAAACAAAAAUGAACGGAGAUCCUUCAUCGCCAGACCUUUAUUGCCAUGAAGAUCCGAGCUUUUUGUAUGAAGAUGAUGAAGAGAUGGCAGAAGUAAACGUAGUCGUUAAUCAAAACGAAAUUGAGUUGGAAGAAGCCCACUUGCAUAGCUUAAUUGACAAAGAGAUCGCAUUUGGGUUCAGGACGGAUGAAGAUUUGGUCAUUGACGACUGGGUUCAAGAAGCUCGCUUGCAAGCUAUCACAUGGGUUCAAACAAGAACAAGAGCUCUUGGGUUUCAUCCCAGAACAGCAUAUUUGGCCAUCACAUACUUUGAUCGGUUCAUUUCCCUGGAAGCCAUCCCUGAAAAAAAAAGAGCUGCUUUCGUUAGAUUGAUUUCAGUGGCAUGUCUAUUAUUGGCUGCAAAGAUGGAGGAGAUGAACCGCCCACCACUUUCACAAUACACACUCGAAUUCCAAGGCAGAAAUAUUAAGAAAAUGGAGCUUAUGGUAUUGGUAGUCUUGAAAUGGAAGAUGAAUUUAAUCACACCCUUUGCGUUUCUUGAUAACUUCAUCGCAAAGUUGUGCCAAGAAUCUCCACCAGGUCUAAAAUCCGGGAUUGAAAAACGGCUCCUUUCCAUAAUGACAGAGAUUCAUUUAAUGCAUCAUCGACCAUCUGCCAUAGCAGCUGCCGCCACAUUGAUGGCAGUGGAUCAGAACUUAGCACAAGAAGCAUUGGAAGCCAAGAUAACAUCCAUUCCUGAAUUGUACUUCCUGGAAACUGAAGCUGUGUAUUCAUAUUACACGAUAAUGCAGGUGCCAUAGACGAAUUAACCUAAAGAAUUUGGAGGCCAGUAGAUAUUGUAGGAAAUUCUUGAGUUACAUCAGAGAAGUGAUUCUGCUACUUUGGUAAAUACCAUAUACGACAAUUAGUAGUUUUCAUAUUGGUUUAAAGAGUGUGUAUAGUUCUUAGUCAUGAUUUGGAGAUGAUCAGAAACAGCUUCCUUAAGAAAAUUUACAGAUCAGAGCUGGUUGCUGUUAACUCUUGAGUUUUUGCUUUUUUAUUUAUUUUUAGGUACUCAUAAUUCUUGGGUUCAGAUAUCUGUUUUGGUUAUCGGAGGAGGGGGGUUGAUUUGGGUUUCUGAUUGGAUGUUUGGAAUACUUUUUAGUUUGUGUGAUUUGAUGCUUCUAUGUUGCAUGUUGGCCAUCUAAA